AAGGUUAUGUGAAAUUUAUAUGAGCUAUGUAAUUUUGGAGGUUCUUGGUGUUGUUGUUUGUUUUUUGAGGCUAUAAAUACCCUCAACUUCUCCUCGUUCCAAGGCAAGGUUCCAGUCAAGCAGCUUUGAAUGAUUUGGCUUUGGUGAUCCCUCCACCGACCAUCCUCAGUGUCAAACCUCAUUAACCACAAUUUCACCAUUUCUUUUUCUUUUCUUUUCUUUUUUAAAAAAAAAAACCCUCUCUCUUCCCCUCUCAAACACACACUCUCUCUCUCUACUGUCUAAAGUCUAAACCUUUUUCUAUAUUUCAAUCCACAAACAACCCUGCAAACCCACCAACAUUCUCACUCUUCUUUAGAGAGAAAAAAAAAAUGCAAACUCACCCCAUUACCUCUUUCUUCUUCUUAAUCUUCCUCUGCUUCCCAUUCUUGCUCAAUGUGGCUUUAGCUGGUGGCAGAGGACUACUGUCAGAAGAAAGCCCACUAUCGCCAAAAGCAUCUCUUAUCCGCUACUGGAACAAAGAGAUCCACAACAAUUUACCUAAAUCUCAAUUCAUUCUAUCCAAGGCCUCUCCAUUAAACGUCAUAGAAGCCGCCACUUUUUCCAAACUCGCGGCGCAAAAUGCCCUCUCCACCAAACUCCCCGCCUUCUGUUCCUCCGCUAAACUCUUGUGCUUCCCUGAUUUAUCACCAAGUCUCGAAAAGCAUGAUAGAGAUACAAACUUCGCUAACUACCUCAAUAAAAACUUCACCAAUUACGGCAACGAAAUGGCUGGUGGAGUGAACGCUUUCAAGAACUACUCGGACAACGACAAUCUCCCCGUCGACUCUUUUCGUCGGUACGGCCGUGGAGGUGCUGGUCGUGACGAGAAGUUUUCCAAUUAUGCCCCCGGUGGAAAUGUGAUUGAUGAGAGCUUUAGCGGUUAUGGUACCAGCGGCACCGGCGGCAAGAGUGAUUUCAAGAAUUACGCUGAACAGGUUAAUGUCCCAAAUCUUGUCUUCACAUCUUAUUCUGAUGCGGCCAACGGCAAGCAGCAGUCUUUCACGAGGUAUAGUGGGGACACAAACUCCGGCAAUGAAAAGUUCACCAGUUAUGGAAAAAAUGGGAAUGGAGUUCCAACUAAUUUUAAAGGGUACGGGGAGAACUCCAAUGUUAUUGGGUCUGAUUUCAAUAAUUAUGGAGAGACUGCUAAUGCAGAAUUCGAUAAUUUUACUUCUUAUGGAUUCAAUGGGAAUGUUCCUGAGAAUAAGUUCAAGAAUUAUGGUGCUGGAGGAAAUGGCGGUGGGUCAGGUUUUACUUCUUACAGAGACCAAUCAAAUGUUGGUGAUGAUUCUUUUCAAUCUUAUGCUAAAGAGUCCAAUGGCCAAGAGGUUAAUUUCAACAAUUAUGGCAAGUCUUUCAAUGAAGGUACUGAUACAUUUAAAGGGUAUGGUCAAGGAGCAAAUGCACAUAAAAUCGGGUUCAAGAUGUACGGAGUAAACAACACUUUCAAAGAGUAUGCUAAAUUGGGUGUUUCUUUUGCCAAAUAUACCAAUAUAACUGCUACUCCAUCUGCAGAAACUACUGCAAUGAAGGCUAGUGGCAGCUUGGUAAAUAGGUGGGUUGAACCAGGCAAAUUCUUUCGUGAAUCCAAGCUAAAGAAGGGGACAGUAAUGCCAAUGCCUGACAUUAGAGAUAAAAUGCCUAAAAGGUCAUUUCUGCCCCGAUCCAUCACAUCUAAAUUACCCUUCUCGACAUCUAACUUUGCCCAGCUCAAACAAACUUUCCAUGCGUUUGAUAAUUCCACAAUGGAGACUUUAAUGCUCGACGCUCUUACCGAAUGUGAGAGAGCUCCUAGUCCCGGUGAGACCAAGCGCUGCAUCGGCUCGGCCGAAGACUUGAUCGACUUCGCCACCUCUGUGUUAGGCCGCAAUGUGGUCGCUCGCACCACCGCUAAUGUAAAUGGGUCUAAGAAGAACAUCAAGAUCGGAUCGAUUAAAGGGAUCAACGGCGGGAAAGUUACAGAGUCAGUGUCCUGUCAUCAGAGUUUGUAUCCCUACUUGCUAUACUACUGUCAUUCAGUUCCCAAAGUUCGGGUAUAUGAAGCGGAUAUCCUGGAUCCGAACAGCAACAGCAAGAUUAAUCAUGGGGUUGCCAUCUGUCAUUUGGAUACAUCAUCCUGGAGCCCCACCCAUGGCGCUUUCGUGGCUUUGGGUUCGGGUCCGGGUCGGAUUGAGGUUUGCCACUGGAUUUUUGAGAAUGAUCUUACUUGGACCACUGCGGAUUAAGAAGAAGAGGCAGCUAUAUCAUAGAUAUACAACAAGUGGUGCAAACUUAGGUUGGGUUUUGUAUUGUACGAUUUGGGUUCGAACCGCUGGCUAAAAGAAAGAAAAAGUUAGCUGGCCGCUCGAUUUCAAAGCAGGGGUUAAAAGUAGCCUAUAUUUUUAAUGAGUCGUGAGUUUCUUAAUUACAAGACAGGGUUAUGUAAGUUGGUUUGUGAAAAGGUUAUUAAUAUUAUUGUUCAAGUAUAAA